UGACCAAAAUUUAACAGUUCCUUACACUCUGCCUUGAAAUUGUCAUUCGUAAAAUAUCUGCAGCAUCCUAAAAAAAAUGACAAGGUGGUUGUUUAUGGUGGCAUGCCUUGGCAUAGCUUGUCAAGGGGCUACUGUUCGAGAAAAUUCUGCAAAAAACUUGGAAAAUUCGUUGAACGUAAUUCACGAAUGGAAAUAUAUUGAUUAUGAUUUCGGUAGCGACGAAAGAAGGCAAGCUGCGAUUCAAUCUGGCGAAUAUGACCAUAGAAGAAAUUAUCCCUUCGACGUCGAUCAAUGGCGUGAUAAGACUUUUGUCACCGUAUUAAGAUACGAUGGUGUGCCUUCUUCUUUGAACGUGAUAUCUGAGAAAAAUGGCAACGGUGGACGACUUCUACAACCGUAUCCUGAUUGGUCAUUUACAAAGUAUAAAGAUUGCUCUGGAAUCGUGAGCGCUUACAAUAUUGCGAUCGACAAAUUCGACAGAUUAUGGGUUUUGGACUCAGGUCUUAUCAAUAAUACUCAACCCAUGUGUUCACCAAAAUUGCUUGUCUUUGAUCUGAAUGCCUCAAAAUUGCUUAAGCAAGUCCACAUACCGCACGAUGUUGCCGUAAAUAGUACCACAGGAAAGGGUGGAUUAGUAUCUUUAGUUGUUCAAGCUGAGAGUUCUAUGAAUACUUUGGUAUACAUAGCAGAUCACAGUGGUGAUGGCUUAAUCGUCUAUCAAAAUUCUGACGAUUCCUUCCAUCGAUUGGCUUCCAACACUUUCGAUUACGAUCCCAGGUAUACCAAAAUGACGAUCGAAGGAGAAAGUUUCACUAUGCAAGAUGGAAUUUAUGGAAUGGCACUUAGUCCCGUGACGAACAAUCUUUAUUACAGUCCUCUCUCUUCUCGCAGUUUGUACUAUGUUAACACAAAACCAUUCCUGAAAUCACAAUAUGGUGGAAAUAACGUCCAAUAUAAAGGAGUCCAAGAUAUUUUCAACACUCAAUCAACCGCUAAAGCAGUAUCGAAAAAUGGCAUUCUUUUCUUCGGUCUCGUGAAUAAUACAGCUGUUGGCUGUUUGAACGAGCAUCAACCAAUUCAGAAAGAAAAUACUGAUAUGGUCGCUCAGAAUGAAGAGACACUUCAAAUGAUCGUUGGUAUGAAAAUUAAGGAAUUGUUACCACAUAUCGCCAUUAUUAAUAUAAAUAAUGUAAUAAACAACGAAUAUAUGUUGGUAUUAAGUAACAGAAUGCAGAAAAUAUUGAACAACGAUCUUAAUAUCAACGAUAUUAACUUCCGAAUUUUGAUUGGAGGUGUUUCCGACUUGUUAGAAAAUACUCGUUGCGCAAAUUCUAAUAUUCAGAAUGGCAACAGUCAGAAUAACAAUUUAAGAAUCACAAAACUCAUUAAUUAAUUAGCCAUUUCUCGAUAUAUAAACCGAAUAUUCUUCAAAAUUUCUUUAUAUUAUAAAUGAAUAUUUAGAAUAAAUAUUUUCAUAUAAUA